GCUCUGGAGAGCUGCCCCAGUCAGGCAGCAACCUCUCAGCACUGGCAAGGGAGCAGAGGCAACUCCACCAUGUCUGGAAACUGCUGCUCUAGGAAAUGCCCCUCGGUGCCAGCCAUCUCCCUUUGCUCCACUGAGGUGAGCUUCAGAGGGCCUGUUUACUUGCCCAGUUCCUGCCGGAGCCAGACGUGGCAGCUGGUGACUUGUCAAGAUAGCUGCGGAUCAUCCAGCUGUGACCCACAAUGCUGUCAGCCCUCCUGUUCUGCGAGCAGCUGUGCCCAGCCUGUGUGCUGUGAGACCACCAUCUGUGAGCCUGCCUGUCCUGUGAGCAGCUGUGCCCAGCCUGUGAGCUGUGAGGCCACCAUCUGUGAGCCUGCCUGUCCCGUAAUCAGCUGUACCCAGCCUGUGUGCUACAAGGCCACCAUCUGUGAGCCCUCUUGCCCCAUGAGCAGCUGCGCCCAGCCUGUGUGCUGUGAAGCCACCAUCUGUGAGCCCUCUUGCUCUGUGAGCAUCUGUGCCCAGCCUGUGUACUACAAGGCCACCAUCUGUGAGCCCUCUUGCCCUGUGAGCAGCUGUGCCAAGCCCGUGAGCUGUGAGGCCACCAUCUGUGAGCCUGCCUGUCCCGUAAUCAGCUGUGCCCAGCCUGUGUGCUAUGAGACCACCAUCUGUGAGCCCUCUUGCCCAGUGAGCAGCUGUGCCAAGCCUGUGAGCUGUGAGGCCACCAUCUGUGAGCCUGCCUGUCCCGUAAUCAGCUGUGCCCAGCCUGUGUGCUAUGAGGCCACCAUCUGUGAGCCCUCUUGCCCAGUGAGCAGCUGUGCCAAGCCCGUGAGCUAUGAGGCCACCAUCUGUAAGCCUGCCUGUCCUGUGAGCAGCUGCGCCCAGCCUGUGAGCUGUGAGGCCACCAUUUGUGAGCCCUCUUGCUCUGUGAGCAGCUGUGCCCAGCCUGUGAGCUGUGAGGCCACCAUUUGUGAGCCCUCUUGCUCUGUGAGCAGCUGUGCCCAGCCUGUGAGCUGUGAGGCCACCAUCUGUGAGCCCUCUUGCUCUGUGAGCAGCUGUGCCCAGCCUGUGUGCUGUGAGGUCCCUCCUGGCCAACGAGUCUUCUGCGUACCCACUUCCUGCCAGCCCAUCCUCUGCAAACCCAGCUGCUGCCAGCCAGUGAUCUGUGAGCCCAGUUGCUAUCAGCCUGUGUCCUCUGGUGUCAGAUGCUGUCCAUCUAUCUGCUCUGUGGCCAGUAGCUGCCAGUCUGCCUGCUGUGACUCCAGUCCUUGUGAGCCAUCUUGCUCAGAGCCCAGCAUCUGCCAGUCAGCCACACGUGUGUCUCUGGUCUGUGAGCCCAUCUGUGUCCGUCCGGUCUGCUGUGUUUCAAGCCCUUGUGAGCCACCUUGUGUCUCCAGCACUUGCCAGGAGCCCUCUUGCUGUGUCUCCAGCCUCUGCCAACCCAUCUGCUCUGAGCCCAGCCCCUGCUUACCAAGUGUCUAUGUGCCCAGGCCAUGUCAACCUACCUGCUACGUAGUCAAGCGCAGUCGGUCCAUCUCCUGUGAGCCUCCAUCUUGCCAACCUCUCUCCUGCCGCCCGGGGUCUUCUGCAUCUGCCGUCUGCCAGCCAACUUGCUCGCGAACUUUCUACAUACCUAGCUCUUGCAAACAACCCUGUACUACUUCAAUCUCCUACCGCCCGAUUUGCCGCCCAAUCUGCUCUGGACCAAUCACCUAUAGGCAGCCAUAUUUGACAUCCAUCUCCUACCGCCCGGCCUGCUACCGCCCAUAUUGCUCCAUCCUGCGCCGUCCAGCCUGCGUCACUUCUGUCCCUUACCAACCCGUCUGCUCCCGCUUGCCUUGUGCUGACUCCUGCAAACGGGAUUGCAAAAAGUCCACUUCCAGCCAACCAGAUUGUGCUGACUCAACUCCCUGCAAGACGGAGGUCUCAGAGGCCAGUCCCUGCCAGCCCACUGAGGCCAAGCCCACCAGCCCCACCACCCACGAGGCUGCAGUCAGCCAGCCUGCUGCCACCAAGCCUACCAACUGCUGAACCAGCCCUGGCCAACCAAUUCCUGCAAUGCAUGCCUCCGGGUAGAUAGAAAAUUUGUCUGCUUUCCCCAAAGCUCAUUCUGACUUAAAAUCUUUUUCUUUCUGCACCAUCACUUGCCAUUUGCUUAUGCUUCAAAGAACUCAUCAGAAAUGUCAGUCUCCUAAUGGCCCAAAUGGCGAUUCCUGGGCACGAGAUGGGGACAUUCUGGGUCCCUUUCUGCUACUGCCAUUGAGCUGAGAAAGUCUGCUUUGCUGUAUCAUCUCAAGUCUCUUUCCUGGAAUAAAUAUUUUUCUGUCCUCACUCAUGUGCUCCCUUGCUGUGUGGGCUCCUCUUCCUUGGAGACCUCUUCCAUGAUGUAAAGAUAUUUAGCUGUCCAAUAAACAUGGUUAAAGUUGAA